AUGGAUCUGAAAAAUUAUACCAGGAUAAAAGAAUUUAUUUUCCUUGGCCUAACCCAGAAUCAAGAACUGAGCUUGAUCUUGUUUCUUUCCUUACUUUUGGUGUAUGUGACAACUCUUCUGGGAAACCUCCUCAUCAUGGUCUCAGUGACUUGUGAAUCUCGCCUUCACACUCCCAUGUAUAUUUUGCUCCGCAAUUUAUCUAUUGCCGAUAUCUGCUUUUCCUCCAUCACAGCUCCCAGGGUUCUGGUAGACCUUCUAUCAGACAGAAAGGCUAUCUCCUUCAAUGGCUGCUUCACCCAGAUAUUUUUCUUCCACCUUAUUGGUGGAGUGGAUGUGACUUCUUUGUCAUUGAUGGCGUUUGAUCGUUAUAUAGCCAUCUCCAAGCCCCUGCACUACAUGACCAUCAUGAGUCAGGGGCGAUGCACUGCACUCAUUGUGGCCUCAUGGGUGGGGGGCUUCAUCCACUCCAUCGUGCAGAUUUCCCUGUUGCGCCCACUCCCAUUUUGUGGCCCCAAUAUUCUUGACACUUUCUACUGUGAUGUCCCCCAGGUCCUCAAACUUGCCUGCACAGACACCUUUGCAUUUGAGCUCCUGAUGAUUUCCAACAAUGGAAUGCUCACCACACUGUGGUUUCUCUUCCUUCUGGUGUCUUACAUGGUCAUCUCCACCUGCACCUCCCACAUCACUGUGGUGACACUGCAUUUUGUGCCCUGCAUCUAUGUCUAUGCCAGGCCCUUCACUGCCCUCCCCACAGAUAAGGCCAUCUCUGUCACCUUCACUGUCAUCUCCCCUCUGCUCAACCCCUUGAUCUACACCCUGAGGAAUCAUGAGAUGAAGUCAGCCAUGAGGAGACUCAGGAAAAAACUCAGACCUUGUGACACGGGAUAG